AUGGCAUCGUCUUUGGAGGAUCUUCUAGCAGAAGAUGGGUUUAAAGGAAGAAAAUCAUUGACCAGGUCGAGGACAUCCUACCAUUCUGGUUCAACUAUACGUCAUUUUCCUAAUUCAGAAGAACACAGGAAACAUUCCAUGUCAGGAGAUAGAAUAAGACCAGAGAAAACAAGGUCUGAUGUGUCUCAGUAUGGUGUGAGAAAUAAUCUGCCAACAGGUGAUGAUAUUAGAGGUAGGAGACCAAGAGAAGAUCUUCUUGUAAGAGACAAAAUAGGAGGAGGAUCAAAGAAAGAGAUUAGGGAUGGACUUGGAGGAAAAGGUCCUACCAGCCGCAGUGUGUGGGAAGCUAGAAGUUUAAAUAGCAUUUUUCCCCAGAAUCAGGCAGCAAAUGAGAUAGUUGAGGUUGAUGAUGAAGACUUUGAGAGAUACAAGGACAUAUAUUCAAAUGAACUGUAUAGCUCAGAAAGAAGGAAGGAUAAGUAUUCUGAUGGAAGUAUGGAAAACGAAGGAUUUGAAGAGAGGUCAAAGAAGGAGACAGAGGUGGAUAGGAGACAUAGCCACAGUUCAAGUUCAAACAAACAUGUGGCUGGACGUACAAGUUUUAGUGAGAAUAAUCGGCAAAGCAGGAAACAGCCUGAGACCUCUCAUGACAGAUCAAGGAGAGAUUCAUCAUAUAGCAAAAAUUCUGAAGAUGCUCGUGGUCAAAAGCGUGACAAAGUCUUACAGGCAGUUUCUGAACCCGCUCUCGAUGAAAUUGCUAUCAAAGCCAUGGUCUCCAUCCUAAGUGGAUAUAUUAAACGUUUUCUCAAAGAUGACAACUUCCGGAGUGCACUAAGAGACGACCGUAUAGCCUCCCUAAACUUUAUUCAUCAGGAAGAAGGGCAUUCUGAGAGCAGAAUCAUAGCCAGCCUUGAGCAGGCAAUUGAAACAGUGGAAAAGGCUGCAGAGGAAUCUGCAAGUGAAAAGGAUUUAAAAAGAGCUUCUUUGCAGCUUAGUGUUAUUACAGGUUUGAACUCAGCUGAUUUGAAGGAUGGAUUUACAUCUGGGGUUCCUAACUAUAAAUUGUCAGCUUGUGCUCAUCUCUACCUCAGUGUGGUGUAUAAGCUACAGAAGAAAGACAGGGUAUCAGCUAAGCAUCUUUUGCAAGUGUUUUGUGAUACACCCUUUCACGCAAGAACGACAUUGUUGCCUGAAUUAUGGGACCACCUGUUUCUUCCGCAUCUUUCACAUUUAAAGGUUUGGUAUGAUCAAGAAGCUGAUUCUCUAGCAGAUAGACAAAACAAGCCAAGGAAACUGAAGCUUUUAGGAAAAGCAUACAAUGAAAUUUUAGAUUCUGGUACUUACCAAUUUGCAGUUUACUACAAGGACUGGCUUACAGAAGGAGCUGAAUCUCAGGCCCCUAGUCCAGGUGGUCCCCAGUCAAUGGUCAGCAAAAGACUGUACGAUUCUGUUUUUGGUCGUUCAAGUAAACCUGAAUCUGAUGAGGUUGAAGAUGAUGGAGAUAUAGAAAACUUUGAUAGUUGUAUGAGAAGUUCUGAUGGUUCAUCUGAUGCUAAACAAACAAGUCAGCACUCUUAUGAAACAGUUCAAUAUAGGUACCAAGAUGUUGAAGAAGAAUCCACUAAGAGUGCACCAGAAGAUGGAUUUCUUUCCGAAAAUGGACUCCUAAUGACAGAAGAACAAAAGUGGGGUUAUCUUGGAGUGAGUGAUCUACCAGAAAGUGACCUAAAUCAUCACUUUGAUAACAUAUGUGGAGAAAAUACAGAAAGCACCCAGAUGCUGCAUGCAUCAGCAUGUGCAAAAGAGAAUAAGCUUACCCUCAAAACCCGUGAAAAAUCCAAUUAUGAACAGCAACGAGCGGAGGCUUCUACUGUUUCAAAUUGCAGUGAAGCAUCAAUUGCCAGCUCUAUUCCAAUCAAAGAAAGGUCUUCUUUCGAAGAGUUACAUGGAAAUUACUUUGAAGAAGGAAUCAUUUUCUGGAGCAUUCCCCAGGACUUCAUUUGCCCUCUAACUGGAAGGUUGUUUGAAGAUCCAGUGACUCUAGAGACUGGUCAAACCUUUGAGCGGUUAGCCAUCAAGGCAUGGUUUGAUAAAGGAAACAGUACAUGUCCUGUGACAGGAAAAUCAUUGGAAUGUCUAGCAGUGCCUCUUCACAACUUCAUCUUAAAGCGUGUGAUUCAUAGUUGGAAAUCUGAACAUUGUAGGAAACUCUUGGCUUUUGCCUCUCAAGUAGUGGGAACCUCAGGGAGAGAUGGAUCCAAACACUAUGAGGAGAGAGCUAUCUUCAUGCUAGAGCAGCUUCUCACUUGUUUCAGCAAAGAGGAAAGGACAGAAAAUGCCAAGCACCUUAUGUCUCUUGGAGGCUUGCAGUUUCUUCUUCAAUGGUUUGAAUUAGGAAAGGUGAAAGAGAAAUCUCGUGCUGCAGCGCUGUUGUCCUGUUGUAUAGAAGCAGAUGCAGAUUGUAGGAAUAUAAUAGCAAGAGACAUUAACAAACAGUAUGUUAUGGAACUACUUCAGAGCAAGCAGAUUAAGAUAAGAACAAAUGCAGUGUUGUUGUUGACAGAACUGAUUUGCCUGAAGAGGAAGAAAGAUGUCACAACAUUUCUCAGUGGCUUGCAGAAUGAAGGGAUUAGUUCUCCAGCCAAUCACAGACCCUUGGUUGCAGUACUUUUGUUACACGUAGAUCUUCUGGUAGAAGUAGAACCUCAGAAGUAUGGCAUGCAUAGAGAGGAAGCUGUUGAUGCAAUUACAGAGGCUCUUGAUUGCAGCUUAACUGAUGCAAAUGUCCGAGAGAAUUGUUGCAAAGCACUUCUUAUCUUGAGAAGGUACUUCUCUUUCUCAGGGAAAUCGUUGUCGCGAAGUUGGAUCUUAAAGCCAGCAGAUUUUAGUGGCAGUUGUGAAGUGAAUUCAAUUGACAACGAAGAUGGUUCACUGGCUCAUGGCACAUCUCCAUCGGAUGAUGAAGACAAUUCCAUUGAAGAUUGGUUGAGGAACUUGACAGUUACACUGCUUGCUCACAGCCUUCUCAUCUCUCAUUUUUCCACUAAAAGAGAGGCUGAAGAAUGGCGAGCAGGUUGA